AUGGCGACUGAGCCUGACAAGGCCACGGCCUUCGAGGGAGCAGAGAAAGGCAAGGCUACAGCUUCUACACAGCCUCCAGUCUCUCAGCACGCCGAAGAUGUUGAUGACCCCGACUUUGACGACUUGGACGACGUCCUCGACCAGUUCUCUGCCAAUGCCCCUUCCUCUGUCCAGACACAAACACAAAAACAGACCCAAGCCGAGCCCUCGUCCAAACCAUUCGCCUCUGGCCCAGGCCGACCCCCCUCCUCCAGUACCACCGCCGCUGCUGCCACUGAGAUGCCUGCCGUUCCUGACGGCCCACGUCCUGGCGAAUCCGAAGAUGAUUUUAUCAAGCGCCUCACCGCCGAACUCUCCACCGCCAUGUCCUCCAUGUCUGCUGCCGCGCCAGAUGAUGCCACAAAAGCCACGCCCGAAGAGCUGGCGAAGAUGGGCAAGGAACUCGAAGAGUUCACCCUCGCCAUGGAGAAGGAAGGUAUCCAGCCCGAGGACCUGCUGAAGGCCAUUCUCGGCGAGGAAGAAGGCACAAAGCUCGCCGCUGCGGCCCAUGAAGACGCAGAGAAGAGUCCGUCGCCCUCAGCGUCAAAGUCGCGCACCACCAGCCCAGAAGCCAGCAAGACCAAGUCCACAUCCCCAAAGCCUAAAGCCGACCCAGCCUCUUUCGAGGACACUAUCCGCCGCACAAUGGAGCGCAUGGAAACAUCCUCCGCGGCCGCAACGUCCGCGACCCAAACCUCCACCACCAAGAGCGAGGAAGACAUGCUCGCCGAUCUCCUCAAGUCACUUUCCGCCGGUGGCGGUGGCGACGGCGACCCCUCCAACCCCGACGACCUCUCCGCCAUGUUCCUCAACAUGAUGCAGCAGCUCACGCACAAGGACAUGCUCUACGAGCCCAUGAAGGAACUAGAUCAAAAAUUCCCCAGCUGGCUGGACCAGAAUCGCGCGAAACUCAAGGCCGAGGACCGCGCGCGCUACGAGAAGCAGCAAAUCGUGGUCAAGGAAAUCGUCAGCAAAUUCGAGGAGCGCGGCUAUAGUGACGAGGACGCGGCGUGCAAGGAGUACAUCUGGGAGCGCAUGCAGAAGAUGCAGGAGCAGGGCGCGCCACCUGAGGAGCUGAUCUCAAGUCCGUUCCCUGGAGCUGGGGGGCUGCCGGGUCUGGGAGCUGGUGGGCCUGAUGAAGGAUGUCCGACGCAGUGA